AUGUUGGGAAUAACGAACUAUCAUGUUUAUAUGUUGAUCAACACAGAAAGAGAGAAACAGCAAAAUCCCAACUUGCCUAUCACAGUUUCAUUUGAUUACUUACGCUCUGGACAAACAGAACAUGUUGUCACUGUAGAAGUUGAUGAAGAACAGGACCCUCAGCUGGGAGAUUCUCGCUUGGAUUAUAAAGUUUUACGAUUGAAAGAAUGCGAAAGUAUUCAAGAUCGUGUUCCUCUUGGUUCAAUCGUCCGAAAUCGUCAAUUGCAAGAAGGUCUGGUUAUAAUCGUUGGCCAUCCGGAGGGAAAUGAAAUGGAGGAAGAAACAUGCGUUGUUGUCAGCAGUUACUCGUGGCGUGAAAAGCUUAAACAAAGACAUAAUAAAUGUAUAGAAAGACACAUAAAUAACCCAAAUCCUAGUUUACACAUGACCAAUGAUCAGUUAUUACGCUCUGCCGAAAAGUACAAAGAUUGUCUGCCCUACGACACAAUGCUGUUUACUGGUGCUAGUGGUUCUCCUGUUUUUAAUCUGAAUGGAGACAUUGUCGCUAUGCAUACGCAAGGAUACACACUAAACGUUGAGGGCGGACAGUGUUCCUUGAUGGAGUUUGGCGUCCAUUUCAAAGCAAUUUGGGAAGACAUGAAAUCUAAGGAACGGCAUCAUGAUGUUGAACAAUUAUUCCCGAACUAUAAUCUGGAAGAUAUGGAUAUAGACGAUUAG